ACCCACUACAGAAUGAAUUUCCCCUGGCAGAUCCAAGAGCUUUCAUUGCGAAGCCCACAAGGUUUUCCUUCUCUUGUUUCACUUUAUUUAAUCCGCAUUGGGAAUAAACUAAUCUGAUCUAAGGUCCUGUCAGCAGCAGCAGCAGAUUCUCCUCCUCCUGCAGUUUGUUUUUCUGCAGCCACCAUGAAAAUAGCAUCUUUUAACAUCCAGAAGCUUGGAACAAACAAAGUGUCAGACAAAGAUGUCCUCAAUAUCCUGACUAAGAUCGUGUCUCGAUAUGACAUCAUUGUGAUCCUGGAGGUGGUGGACAUCGACGGAGAUGCUGUAAAAACCUUGCUGGAUGCAAUCAACAAAUCCAACAAGAAGCAUCCCUACACUAAGAAGAUCAGCGGUCGUCUGGGUCGAACGGACUACAAGGAGCAAUUCCUGUUCCUGUACAGGGAUGACAUGGUUGACUUGGUGGACUCCUGUCAGUUUGAUGACAAGGUGACUAAGGGAAAAGACGUCAUCAAUAGAGACCCCUACAUCCUGCGAUUCAGAUGCCGCAAUACAGUGCUGGAGGAUCUAGUGAUGAUCCCAGUUCACACCAAACCAGAGGACUCGGAGAAGGAGCUGGACGAGCUCUACGAUGUCUUCCUGCACGUCAAGGAGAAGUGGAAGACUGAUAACGUGAUGAUCCUGGGCGACUUCAAUGCGGACGGCUCGUACGUAUCUAAGAAGAAAAUGAAGGACAUCCGUAUCCGUAGCGACAAGAACUUCCAUUGGCUGAUUAGAGAUGAUGUCGACACCACAGCAAGCAACCGAAACAACCACACAUACGACAGGAUAGUGGUUUACGGAGACGACAUGUUCCAGGCUGUGGUUGAAGACUCUGCCAAAUCCUUCAACUUCCAGAAGGAAUAUAAACUAAGUAUAGAGCAGGCUCUGAAAGUGAGCGACCAUUACCCUGUGGAGGUGGAGAUGGAGAUGAAGUCGAAGUCCAAGAGGAAGAAGACCCCUGAAGAUGAUGGUCAAACAGCAGGAGCAGUCGGUACCGCCGGGGCUCGUGGCCGUGGCCGUGGCCGAGGACGAGGACGAGGACGAGGACGAGGAUCUGCUGGAGCUAAAGCUGCUAAAAAAUAAGAGACACCUUGCCAGCGGACCCGCAGGGGUCUGGGCGUCCUCCCCCAUUAUAUUUUGAGUGUCAGACAGUUCUGACUUCUUCACUUUUUAUACACCAGUUUGUGCCUUUUAUGCAUCAAUUUCAAAGUCUGCUACUCUCAACAUGAAUGUAAAGGAAUAAAGAGUCAAUAAGAGUAUUUGUAGGCAUUAUAAAAUAAAUCUCAUUUUAUCUCAAA